AUGUGGAAUACAUUACAAAAUAUAUGUAUUCAAAUUACUGGUAAAAUAAUAAAUUUAAGCAAUUUUCAUGUAGACUUUGAAAAAGCUGCGCAUAAUGCAUUAUUGCAAAUUUUUCCUAACUGCAAAAUUGCAUGUUGUAACUUUCAUUUAGGACAAAAUUGGUUUAGACAUAUUCAACAACACAAAAUAUUAUCGAGAGAGUACUUAAACAAUGACUCUGAAAUUGGCAAAUGGAUGAAAUAUUUUUUUGGAUUAAGUUAUUUACCUCCUGAAGAAGUUUCUGAUGGAUUUUGUGAUUUUAUGUCGUUAGCGCCAAGUACUACUUCUAUAUUUUCCGAUUAUAUUUUAGAAAAUUACAUAACAUCGGACAGUAAUUUUCCCCCUAAAUUAUGGGCUUGUGAACCUAUUAAUAAUCCUAAGACUACUAAUGGUGCAGAAAGUUAUCACAAACAUUAUAAAUUUAUAACAGUCAGUUUUACACUGCUCAUCCACACAUACAUCAAGUAA